CGCAUUAUCCAUUCAUCCAAUACUUCUCUUUCAAAAGUUAAUGCUGUGAAAUUAACCCGUUCACCCGUCGUUUUCUCUUAUUUCUUCAUCAAGUUUAACAACCACCGCAUUUCCAUCAACCAAGGCUCUACAAUUUAAGUCCUAAAAGUUAUAUCUACUCGUGUAAGUUCUUUCGGAAACCGUACAUGGAAGACAAACAUGAGGUUAAUGACCACAAAACUUUGUCGCCAGUAACUCACAGUGGUGAAGCCACAGUGAGUGUAGUGAAGGAAAAGUGUUGGGAUCAGAGAGAAGCCUUACCAGGGGAACCUUGUUGUGUUAUUUGUGGUCGCUAUGGUGAGUAUAUCUGCGAUGAAACAGAUGACGAUAUUUGCAGCAUUGAGUGUAAGUCAACCCUGCUUGGUAGGCUCUCCAAUGCCCAAAAGCGAGAAAAACUCCCACAUCAAGUAAGAAUACCUGUUGUUGAUGAAUGCGUUUACGUUAGGGAUAAUGAUGAUGAUAUAUUAAAAGCUCCUUCAUUAAGCGACAAUGAGGUGGAAGUGCUUCGGAACAAACUUGAGAUACAAGUCAAGGGUGCGAGUGUUCCUCCCCCUAUUUUGUCAUUUUCUUCUUGCAAUCUUCCUCAGAAGGUCCAGAAAAAUCUAGAAGCUGCAGGAUAUGAAGUUCCUACACCUAUCCAAAUGCAAGCCAUCCCUAUUGCUUUAACUGGCCGAAAUUUACUUGUUUCAGCUGCUACAGGCUCUGGUAAAACAGCCUCCUUUUUGGUUCCCAUAGUUUCUCGUUGCUCAAAAUUUCGCCUUGCGAACCCCACCAGCCAGAGGAAACCUUUGGCAAUGGUUUUAGCACCAACUAGAGAGCUGUGUGUGCAGGUAGAGGAACAAGCUAAGGUGCUUGGAAACGGUUUACCCUUUAAAACUGCUCUUGUAGUUGGUGGUGAGCCAAUGGCUGGACAAAUCUACCGCAUUCAUCAUGGGGUGGAAUUGAUUGUUGGAACUCCUGGUAGGCUCAUUGAUCUUUUAACCAAGCACAAUGUCGAAUUGGAUGAAGUUUCUAUCUUGGCAUUGGAUGAGGUAGAUUGCAUGCUUGAGAGAGGCUUUCGGGAUCAGGUUAUGCAGGUUUUUCUAGCUCUUUCUCAGCCUCAGAUUUUAAUGUACUCGGCGACAGUUCCUCGAGAGGUGGAGAACAUCGGUAGUUUGUUAGCUAAGGAUUUGGUAUUUGUCACUGCUGGAAAGGAUAAUGGGACAAACAAGUCUGUGAAGCAAAUAGCUAUCUGGGUGGAGUCGAAGCAUAAGAAACGGAAACUCUUUGAGAUACUAAUGAGCCAGCAGCAUUUCAAACCACCUGUUGUGGUAUUUGUGGGUUCAAGACUAGGAGCUGAUCUUCUCUCGGAAGCAAUCACGGUCACCACUGGGAUAAAAGCUCUACCAUUUCAUGGGGAGAAGCCCAUGAAGGAACGGAGGAACACGCUAAGGUUGUUUUUGACUGGGGAGGUUUCUAUCAUCGUAGCUACUGGUGUUUUAGGACGGGGAGUAGAUCUUUUGAAAGUGAGACAAGUAAUUGUAUUUGACAUGCCGAACUCGAUUAAAGAGUACAUUCACCAGAUUGGAAGAGCUUCUAGAUUGGGAGAGGAAGGGACAGCGUUUCUCUUUCUAAAUGAGGAAGACAAGAAUCUGUUCCAGGAUUUGGUUGGAAUGCUGAAAUCAUCAGGAGCUGUUAUUCCUUGGGAGCUUGCUAAUUCACGGUAUAAGAAUAUUUCUUAUACCACUCGUGGGGAGCAAAACAAGAGGAAGUGUGGUUCUUAAAACUCUAGGUAAGUUUUCGAGUAUGGUGCCUUACCGACCAAACUCUUGGCUUUGGCAAAGUAUAGUCACCUCUUGCACCUAACUCUCAACACCCCCUGUCAUCACUCAAAUCACUUCCCCGUAAACCUGCAACUUAACACUGGCUAGCUUCACGUGGUUCAUUCGCUAAAGAGAUAAUAUGAUACACAAAACUUACUGAUAUCACAUUAUUUAGUAGAACUGCAGGCACUUACCUGGCAAGAGAACUUGGAGGUCAAUUGGAAAGUAAAGAAUGCUUUUCUGUUACAGGUUUCCAUUAUUCUUUUUGACCAGUGUCAUCCACAUAAUGAAGAUGUUUGGUCUUACUUCAUUUUGUGGUAUAGCAUCGGAGCUUCACCUUUUGGCUAUAAAAUUAACAGAUCAGAGUUCUUAAGCAGUUACCCUUCGGAGCAGUUACCUUCUUGAAAGGCUUUCCUAAAUAAACAAUCUUAAGCAUGCUAAUGAAUUUCUUGGUAGUUUUACCUUGUUCAGUGAGUCUAAUUAUAACCUAGGAUUUUGAAUCUUUAUAUGAUGUACAACAUCUUUCAUGGAAGUUAUUUAGUAGCUUUAUAUCUUCGGCAAGUUUUUUAGGAUUAGAAUUUCUUAUUUUCAGAAAUUAUUUAUUUUUGUAUUAAAAUUAGGAGUUUUGGUGUCUUCCUAUAAAAGGAUGCAAGUCUAUAUUGUUGGUCAUAUUAUUAUUAAAUGAAGAUUGAGGUUUC